AUGAUUUCAAUAAAGAGAAGACAAAGGGGUGCUCCAGUCACAAUGCACUCAGUUGGCCCUCAAGUUAGUCCUAGUAGGCAAGAUGACGACUACAAUCUGAGGGAGACCGAUCCACAGCUCGGGGGUGAGCGGUGGCCUAAUGCCAGAAGAGGGUGGAUGAGUGGUGGUGAAAGAUUCACAAGCACACAUGACCUUGUUGAGCAGAUGUUCUAUCUGUAUGUUAGGGUAGUGAAAGCCAAGGAUCUUCACCACAACACUCUUACCUCAAGCUGUGAUCCUUAUGUGGAAGUGAAGCUGGGGAACUACAAAGGGAGAACAAAGCACAUAGAGAACAAAACGAACCCAGAAUGGAACCAAGUCUAUGCUUUCUCCAAAGACAGAAUUCAAUCUUCUGUUUUGGAAGUCAUAGUGAAAGACAAAGAAAUGUUGGGAAGAGAUGAUUAUAUUGGAAGGGUGGCAUUUGAUCUAAAUGAGGUUCCGACCAAAGUUCCCCCAGACAGUCCACUGGCUCCUCACUGGUACAGACUCGAGGGCCAGCGAGGAGGUGAUAUCAUGCUUGCAGUGUGGAUGGGAACUCAAGCUGAUGAGGCAUUCUCAGAGGCUUGGCAUUCUGAUGCUGCCACUGUGUAUGGAGAGGGAGUUUUCAAUGUCAGAUCAAAGGUUUAUUUGUCACCAAAACUGUGGUAUCUCAGAGUGUAUGUCAUCGAAGCACAAGAUGUGAUACCAGGUGACAGAAACCGGCUGCCAGAGGUUUUUGUCAAGGCUCAGAUGGGGAGCCAAGUGUUGAAGACCAAGAUAUGUCCAACUAGGACAACCACACCACUUUGGAAUGAAGAUUUGGUCUUUGUUGCAGCUGAACCAUUUGAGGAGAAGUUGACAAUCACUGUGGAGGAUCGCGUGCACCCUUCAAAAGAUGAAGUACUUGGGAAGAUAAUCUUGCCAUUGACCCUCUUUGAGAAGCGGCUAGACCACAGGCCAGUUCAUUCGCGCUGGUUCAAUCUUGAGAAGUUUGGUUUUGGAGUGAUGGAAGCUGAUAGGAGAAAUGAGCUUAAAUUUUCAAGCAGGAUUCACCUAAGAAUUUGCCUUGAAGGUGGAUACCACGUCCUUGAUGAGUCCACUUUGUACUCAAGUGACCAAAGACCAACAUCUAGACAGCUAUGGAAGGAGCCUAUUGGGGUAAUUGAAGUAGGCAUCUUAGGAGCACAGGGACUCCUCCCAAUGAAGAUGAGGGAUGGCCAUGGUAGCACAGAUGCAUACUGUGUUGCCAAGUACGGGCAAAAAUGGGUCAGAACCCGAACAAUUCUUGACACUUACAGUCCAAAGUGGAAUGAGCAAUACACAUGGGAGGUUUAUGAUCCUUGCUCUGUAAUAACACUUGGUGUUUUUGACAAUUGCCAUUUAGGUGGAAGUGAAAAAGCCACUCCCGACACUGCAGCCAGGGAUACAAGAAUCGGAAAGGUUAGAAUUAGACUCUCAACACUUGAAGCUAGUAGAAUAUACACUCACAGUUAUCCACUUCUUGUUUUGCACCCACAUGGUGUCAAGAAAAUGGGCGAGCUUCAGCUAGCCGUGAGAUUCACUAGCCUCUCAUUGGCUAACAUGAUUUACAUUUAUGGUCAACCCUUGCUUCCAAAGAUGCAUUACUUGCGCCCUUUCACAGUUAAUCAAAUAGAGAGUUUGAGGUACCAAGCCAUGAACAUUGUGGCUGGGAGGCUUGGAAGAGCUGAACCUCCCCUCAGGAGGGAGGUGGUGGAGUACAUGUUGGAUGUUGACUCCCAUAUGUGGAGCAUGAGAAGAAGCAAAGCCAACUUCUUCCGCAUCAUGUCGCUUUUCUCUGGCAUCAUCUCAAUGGGGCAGUGGUUUAGCCAAGUUUGCCAUUGGAAGAGCCCUGUCACAUCCAUUCUAGUUCACAUUCUCUUCCUGAUACUCAUUUGCUACCCUGAAUUGAUACUUCCAACUUUGUUCCUAUACAUGUUCUUGAUUGGCCUAUGGAACUAUAGGUUUAGGCCUAGAAACCCACCUCACAUGGACACAAAACUCUCAUGGGCAGAAGCACUUCACCCUGAUGAACUUGAUGAAGAGUUUGACACAUUCCCAACUUCUAGACCACAUGAUGUGGUGAGAAUGAGGUAUGACAAGCUUAGAAGUGUUGCAGGAAGGAUUCAAACAGUUGUUGGAGACAUAGCAACGCAGGGGGAGAGGUUUCAUUCUCUACUAAGUUGGAGAGACACCCGAGCCACCAGCCUCUUCGUAGUGUUUAGUUUGUGUUCAGCUGUGGUGCUGUAUGCAACACCACCAAAAGUGGUGGCUAUGGUAACAGGUUUGUAUUAUCUAAGGCAUCCAAAGUUUCGUAGCAAACUUCCUUCUGUACCCAGCAACUUCUUCAAGAGGCUUCCAGCUAGAACAGACAGCAUGCUAUGA